AUGCCUGUGAACUACCUCAUCCUGCUCUCCCGGCAGGGCAAAGUGCGUCUCGCCAAGUGGUUCACCACUCUGUCCCCCAAGGAAAAGGCCAAGAUCAUCAAGGAUGUGACCCAGCUGGUGCUCUCCCGCCGCACUCGCAUGUGCAAUUUCCUCGAAUACAAGGACUCCAAAGUCGUCUAUCGCCGCUAUGCCUCCCUCUUCUUCAUCGCCGGCUGCGCCUCCACCGAUAACGAACUGAUCACCCUCGAGAUCGUGCACCGCUACGUCGAGCAAAUGGACAAAUACUACGGCAACGUGUGCGAACUGGACAUCAUCUUCAAUUUCCAAAAGGCAUACUUCAUUCUGGACGAGCUGCUACUCGCGGGCGAGAUGCAGGAGAGCAGCAAGAAGAAUGUGCUUCGCUGCAUCAGCCAACAGGACAGUCUGGAGGACAUGGAGGUUGAGGAAGAUGUGGUCACCAAGAUCAUGUAG